AGGUCAAGGAAAAACAUGGCUGCCCGCAGUGUGCUGAGGUCUGUUUGGGCCUCAUUUACAGGCUUAAAACUAGGUGCUGGGGUCACAAACACUAAUUCGUUUAUGAAGGUUAAUGUUCCCCAGCUUUCCGCUUUAACCAUCCCGAGCAGAGGACUUCGUCAAGUUGUGGAGAAAAGAGAAGGCAACACCACAUCUAUCAAGGGACAAAUCAUAGACUUACCAGCUGCACCUCAACCUCCAAAUCCCACAGCAAAGUGUCCCAUCUACAGAUGGAACCUGCAGCACAAGUACACCUACACUGAUGUGUUGCUGCUUAGUCAGUUCAUCAGGUCAGAUGGGGGAAUGCUGCCUAAGAGAAUCACUGGUCUUUGUCCGGAGGAGCAUCGCAAGAUAAAAUAACAUUUGUAUAAAGUG